AUGGACUCAUCAAAGUAUUACAUCGGCAAUUUGACAUUCUUAUUAGCUUUCUUGAUUGUACUUUCAGAUGUAUGUACUAAAUUAGAUGCAAGAGGAUUCAUCAACUUUAAAGAUGUUAAAAUAGGUCAUUUAACUUCAUCUGGUCCUAGCCCAUCUGGGAGUGGACAUCCAAAAAUGUUGUUGGGGAGUGGUCCAAGUACUAAAUCAAAUGCAAGAGGAUUUAUCAACUUCAAAGAUGUUAAAAUAGGUCAUUUAACUUCAUCUGGUCCUAGCCCAUCUGGGAGUGGACAUCCAAAAAUGUUGUUGGGGAGUGGUCCAAGUACUAAAUCAAAUGCAAGAGGAUUUAUCAACUUCAAAGAUGUUAAAAUAGGUCAUUUAACUUCAUCUGGUCCUAGCCCAUCUGGGAGUGGACAUCCAAAAAUGUUGUUGGGGAGUGGUCCAAGUACUAAAUCAAAUGCAAGAGGAUUUAUCAACUUCAAAGAUGUUAAAAUAGGUCAUUUAACUUCAUCUGGUCCUAGCCCAUCUGGGAGUGGACAUCCAAAAAUGUUGUUGGGGAGUGGUCCAAGUACUAAAUCAAAUGCAAGAGGAUUUAUCAACUUCAAAGAUGUUAAAAUAGGUCAUUUAACUUCAUCUGGUCCUAGCCCAUCUGGGAGUGGACAUCCAAAAAUGUUGUUGGGGAGUGGUCCAAGUACUAAAUCAAAUGCAAGAGGAUUUAUCAACUUCAAAGAUGUUAAAAUAGGUCAUUUAACUUCAUCUGGUCCUAGCCCAUCUGGGAGUGGACAUCCAAAAAUGUUGUUGGGGAGUGGUCCAAGUACUAAAUCAAAUGCAAGAGGAUUUAUCAACUUCAAAGAUGUUAAAAUAGGUCAUUUAACUUCAUCUGGUCCUAGCCCAUCUGGGAGUGGACAUCCAAAAAUGUUGUUGGGGAGUGGUCCAAGUACUAAAUCAAAUGCAAGAGGAUUUAUCAACUUCAAAGAUGUUAAAAUAGGUCAUUUAACUUCAUCUGGUCCUAGCCCAUCUGGGAGUGGACAUCCAAAAAUGUUGUUGGGGAGUGGUCCAAGUACUAAAUCAAAUGCAAGAGGAUUUAUCAACUUCAAAGAUGUUAAAAUAGGUCAUUUAACUUCAUCUGGUCCUAGCCCAUCUGGGAGUGGACAUCCAAAAAUGUUGUUGGGGAGUGGUCCAAGUACUAAAUCAAAUGCAAGAGGAUUUAUCAACUUCAAAGAUGUUAAAAUAGGUCAUUUAACUUCAUCUGGUCCUAGCCCAUCUGGGAGUGGACAUCCAAAAAUGUUGUUGGGGAGUGGUCCAAGUACUAAAUCAAAUGCAAGAGGAUUUAUCAACUUCAAAGAUGUUAAAAUAGGUCAUUUAACUUCAUCUGGUCCUAGCCCAUCUGGGAGUGGACAUCCAAAAAUGUUGUUGGGGAGUGGUCCAAGUACUAAAUCAAAUGCAAGAGGAUUUAUCAACUUCAAAGAUGUUAAAAUAGGUCAUUUAACUUCAUCUGGUCCUAGCCCAUCUGGGAGUGGACAUCCAAAAAUGUUGUUGGGGAGUGGUCCAAGUACUAAAUCAAAUGCAAGAGGAUUUAUCAACUUCAAAGAUGUUAAAAUAGGUCAUUUAACUUCAUCUGGUCCUAGCCCAUCUGGGAGUGGACAUCCAAAAAUGUUGUUGGGGAGUGGUCCAAGUACUAAAUCAAAUGCAAGAGGAUUUAUCAACUUCAAAGAUGUUAAAAUAGGUCAUUUAACUUCAUCUGGUCCUAGCCCAUCUGGGAGUGGACAUCCAAAAAUGUUGUUGGGGAGUGGUCCAAGUACUAAAUCAAAUGCAAGAGGAUUUAUCAACUUCAAAGAUGUUAAAAUAGGUCAUUUAACUUCAUCUGGUCCUAGCCCAUCUGGGAGUGGACAUCCAAAAAUGUUGUUGGGGAGUGGUCCAAGUACUAAAUCAAAUGCAAGAGGAUUUAUCAACUUCAAAGAUGUUAAAAUAGGUCAUUUAACUUCAUCUGGUCCUAGCCCAUCUGGGAGUGGACAUCCAAAAAUGUUGUUGGGGAGUGGUCCAAGUACUAAAUCAAAUGCAAGAGGAUUCAUCAACUUCAAAGAUGUUAAAAUAGGUCAUUUAACUUCAUCUGGUCCUAGCCCAUCUGGGAGUGGACAUCCAAAAAUGUUGUUAGGGAGUGGUCCAAGUACUAAUUCAGAUGCAAGGGGAUUCAUCAACUUCAAAGAUGUUAAAAUAGGUCAUUUAACUUCAUCUGGUCCUAGCCCAUCUGGGAGUGGACAUCCAAAAAUAUUGUUAGGGAGUGGUCCAUGUACUAAAUCAGAUGCAAGAGGAUUCAUCAACUUCAAAGAUGUUAAAAUAGGUCAUUUAACUUCGUCUGGUCCUAGCCCAUCUGGGAGUGGUCCUAGCUCAUCUAGGAGUGGACAUCCAAAAAUAUUGUUAGAGCCAAAAUGGAAAAUUAUACAAAAUCCUACGAGGUUAGGAAGUCCACAUAUAGAUCCUUUAAAUUAUUCUAGUCCUAGCCCUGGAAUAGGACACUAAAAAAUGUUCUUUCAACCAAAAUGGCCAGUUAUAGAAAAUCCUUAAGGUAAAAAAGCCAACAAGACCCUAUCAGCUAAAGUGAUACUAUAAACUUUUUAAAUAGUUUUUUUAAGGUUACUUUAGGCUUUGAAAUAAAUGUAUCAAACUCAUUGCAUUUGAGAAAUAAAUGCUUAUAA